UACCGCAGAAAACCGUAAACAUCUGUGAAAUUUUACUUAUAAAAAUCGCUUUCAUUUAGCUUUUCACAGUAUUUCCUCAAAAAGUCGCAAAAAUUUCGGACUCUCGGCUUCGUUCCAUCAUGCAGCGCGAGGAGAAGCAGCUGGACAUGCUGCUGGAAGCCAUCCUGAGCCGGCUGAACGAUCUGAAGCACUCGAUCGGGGCCAUGAUCCACCGGCUGGAAACGGAAUACGAAACGAUUAAUUGGCCAACGUUUCUGGAUAACUUCGCGCUGAUUUCCAGUCAUCUAACCGGUUUAGCGAAAAUCCUUUCGUCAGAAAUUGGAACUCCCCUCAGGAAUUUGACUGUUCUUCCGCUGUUGCUGACACCGGAACGUAAUGAAAGUCUUCUGCAACUAACGGAAGGCCGAAUCCCUGUGUUUUCGCAUGACCUGGUACCGGAUUAUCUUAGAACCAAACCGGAUCCCGGUGCUGAAUCUCGGAUGGCAGCCCACGAGGCCAAAGCCAGCAAUCUACUGACGGAAACAGCCAUGAAACAGGUGGCCCAAUACACCAAGGUCAUCUCGCAUGUGUGGGACAUUGUCAGCAAAGCGAAGGAAGAAUGGGACUCGGAAGCUUCCUCCCGGCCGGGAAUUCAGCAGACCAGUUCCAUGGCCGAUACCCAGGCGCUGGUUGCCGCCGUCGGGCUGGGUAACAGUCUGACCAUGCCGGUGGGACCGGGUGGGGUGCCCGGAGGUGGUGGCAUUAUGAUUCCUCCGGCCAUCCGGCAGGCAUCGCCCAUGAGUGCCGUUUCGCCGUCCGGAGCUGGGCCCCUGGGCAAGAUGCCCUCCGGGAUCAAAACAAAUAUCAAAUCGGCCAACCAGGUGCAUCCCUAUCGAUAGAUUUAUAUUUUUGUGUGUUUCUCUUUGUAAUGUGAAUAAAAUUAUCUUAUAACUAUGA